AUGAAAAUAGUUGAUAAGUUAAUGCAUCCCAACAGCAAUAGGUGGAAUCUUGAGGUUCUAAGUACUUUAUUUGAUUCCAAUAUUGUUAAUGAUAUUUGUAAGAUCACGAUUCAUGUUAAUGGUGAGGACAUAUUGAUUUGGAAACCAGCUGAAAAUGACAUUUUUACUGUUAAGAGUGUUUACAAAGUUAUUGAUGUUGCAGGUAAUUCUACUUCAUCACUUGAUGACCCUGUUAUUUUCCCAUGGGUCAAAUUCUGGAAUCUACCUUUACCACCAAAAAAGUUACAUUUUCUGUGGAAUUGUGUGCAUGGUUGUCUACCUGUUGGACAUAGGAUUGCUAGACAUAUUGCAGGUGCAGAUACUGAUUGUCCUUUGUGUAAUAAGGAAACUGAAACUUCGGAUCAUCCUUUCUUGGAAUGUGAGGUGGCUAAUCAGGUUUUGUGUGAUAUGGGGUAUCCUCUUUAUAGGGUGUCACUGGUACUAGUAUUGAUAGAUUGGAUAACAUGUUGGCUUAGUAAUGGAACAAGUAAUAAUUUGGCUAUUAAUCAAAAUGUGAUGAUAACAAUUACUCAUACAUUGUGGAAAAUAUGGAAAAUGAGCUGUGUUGUUGUCUUUGAUAAUGUGACCCUGCAGGAAAAUAAAUGUAUGGGUGGAGCACUAAUUAUGAUUAGUGAUGCAGGGGAAUUCAAUGGAGCCUGGGGAUUUCCAGCAGUAGCUGAGGAUGUUGAGCAGGCGGAGGCAUUGGAAGCACUUGGGGUAACAAAAAUGGCAAGGAGGAAACAACUUACCAAUCUGCAAAUUGAAGGUGACUGCAUCAAUGUUAUAAAUUCCCUGAAUGGAAAACUGGGAGCUAUCAAAUGGAAGAACAAUUCAAUUAUUAGAGAUUGUUUUGAUUGUUUAAAGUCUUUUAAUAAAUGGGAAGCAUUUUAUGUGCCCAUAGAAACAAACUGUGUUGCAGAUCUACUAGUUAAAGAUGCAAUUAGUAUGGUAACAAGUAUAGGUUGGGAAACUGACCCCCAUUGUGGUUGGAUUCACUUAUUAAAGAGAAACUCUGCUUAA